AUGGCAUCCAAACUUGUGCUCUUGACCGGCGCGAGUGGCUACGUUGGUUUCCGCACACUGCAUGCCCUCCUCGACCAUGGCUUCUCCGUUCGCGCCGUCGUUCGCUCGUCGAAAAAGGCAGAGAGUAUUCGCAACGAGCCAGUGCUUCGAGGAACAACUGAGCGCGACCUGAGCUUCGCCAUCGUGCCAGAUCUCGGCGCUGCCGGCGCGUACAACAAUGUCAUGGCCGAUGUGACAUACAUCGUUCACGUCGCCUCGCCACCACCCGCAGAGCCCGAACCCAGUCAGACGCUCGAGGACAGCAUCGUCAAGCCUGCGGUGGCAUGCACACUAGAAGUCCUCGAGGCCGCCCGCAUAGCCGGGACCGUCAAGCGCGUCGUCAUCACAUCUUCCGUCAUUGCGACUGUGCCAACCUCGCUGCUCAUGGGUACCCAGCACGACGAAGCCUUCGGUCCUGAGUACCGGGCGGAAGAGAUCCAAGCGCCGUACAUGAACAACGCGAUGUUUGCCUACGCGGCGAGCAAGAUUGCAGCGUUACGGCGUGCAGAGGAGUGGAUCGCUGCUGAGAAGCCGCAAUUUGAUGUCAUCCAUAUCCAUCCGACUUAUGUGCUGGGUAGAGACGCGCGGAGCGGCAGUCUGGAGAAUUAUCCCAGCAGUACCAACGACAUCGUUCUCAAUAUCACCCAGGGAAAGCAAGACCCGAUGCCCAGAGUGAUGUGCUCAGUUCACGUCGACGACGUGGCCGAAGCGCAUGUUCGCUCGCUGGACGGCAAAGUGCCAGGAAACCAGAGCUUCGUACUGAACUGUACAUAUCCCGCACAUCUGCAGUGGGAUCAUGUAAAGGAUAUCGUGGCGGAGAAGUUCCCCAAAGCGGUUGACAGAGGCAUCUUUCCGAACAACGGGUCGUGUACCACCUUACCAGGCAAGGUGGACAGCAGUAAGACGGAGGAGGUGCUCGGGAUCAAGCACGAAGACUUUGAGAAUCAAGUCACCAGCGCCAUCGGGCAGUAUCUUGAGGUAUGGGAGUCGGAGAAAGGAGAGUAG